AAAAGGAAGGGGCUGUUUCCGGUUGCUAUGGUGACGAGGUGAGAGCGUUCCCUCGGUACCGCGGUAAAUUUACGAGGCUGGGUCGUCUCCUUGUUGCUAUGGCAAUCUAGAGGGACUGUUCUCGCCGCCCCCCACCUCGCGCCGCCGCCGCCGCCGUUGCUAAGACAAGGUGGAAGCAGGGGCUGUCCUUCUCGCACCACCCGGUUGCCUAGGAGACGGCGGGUGCCCCGGCCCCGCCCCGCCCGGAGUGACAGCGUUGGCCGCAUCGCGCCUGCGCAGUGCUCUCUUCCCCCCGCAGUCUCUGUGCGUUGACGCCGGAGACCUCGGCGGCCUCUGCUAGGACCCUCCGCCCGGGAGCCGCCGGCCGGAGCCGCAGCCUCUCCGCAGCGCCCCCGCCGCCGUUCCCUCCCCCGCCGCCUCCUCCGGAGCCGCCUCGCGCACUCUGGGGUAUGGCCGUCAAUGUGUACUCCACAUCCGUGACCAGUGAGAAUCUGAGUCGCCAUGAUAUGCUUGCGUGGGUCAAUGACUCCCUGCACCUCAACUAUACCAAGAUAGAACAGCUCUGUUCAGGGGCAGCCUACUGCCAGUUCAUGGACAUGCUCUUCCCUGGCUGCGUGCACCUGAGGAAGGUGAAGUUCCAGGCCAAGCUAGAGCACGAGUACAUCCAGAACUUCAAGGUGCUGCAAGCCGCUUUUAAGAAGAUGGGUGUUGACAAAAUAAUUCCUGUAGAGAAAUUAGUGAAAGGAAAAUUCCAAGAUAAUUUUGAGUUUAUUCAGUGGUUUAAGAAAUUCUUUGACGCAAACUAUGAUGGAAAGGAAUACAACCCUCUGCUGGCGCGGCAGGGCCAGGACGUAGCGCCACCUCCUAACCCAGGUGAUCAGAUCUUCAACAAAUCCAAGAAACUCAUUGGCACAGCAGUUCCACAGAGGACGUCCCCCACAGGCCCCAAAAACAUGCAGACCUCCGGCCGGCUGAGCAACGUGGCCCCACCCUGCAUCCUCCGGAAGAAUCCCCCAUCGGCCCGAAACGGUGGCCAUGAGACUGAUGCCCAAAUUCUUGAACUUAACCAGCAGCUAUUGGAUUUGAAGCUGACCGUGGAUGGGCUGGAGAAGGAGCGCGACUUCUACUUCAGCAAACUCCGGGACAUCGAGCUCAUCUGCCAGGAACACGAGAGCGAGAACAGCCCCGUCAUCGCGGGCAUCAUUGGCAUUCUCUACGCCACCGAGGAAGGCUUUGCACCCCCUGAGGACGACGAGAUCGAGGAACACCAACAAGAAGAACAGGACGAGUACUGAGGGCGGCUCCAGCCCUGGCUGACUGCACGCCCCCUACCCCACGCCCACCCCCACAUUAUAAUCCUUUCCUUAGAGCGUCGGCCGGGUGCUUUGUGUCAGUGCCGCAGCAUUGGGGAGUCAGGCGAGGGGGCUGGAGGGGAUGGGGCAGAUGGGCAGGCAGAGGCCCGCACUGGCCAGUGGGUGGGACCCCUGCCCAUUCCCCACCCCUAUUUAUUUCCGUUGUCUCUAUGCUGUUUCGGCCAACACUUCCCAGGGUGCUGUGCCACCCGCCCCCGCCAGCCGCCUGCUCCCCUGACAGCCAGCAGCUGUAUAUUUGACAAAGUCAUUGGUAUAUUUUUACUUACUGGAUUUUCCUUGCACUUUACCUGUUCUUUUCCCAGGGCUCACAGCACGGGUUCCAGGGCAGUGUGCCUGGCUUGGCUUCCCUUCCCCAUUGCCGGGCCAUGGCAGGACUCACAAUUCUUAUUUAUUUUGUCUUUUGACUCCCCAGUAGUUGAGGGAAGGCUGAUGUCAGGAGAGGGAGAGGGGGACUGAGGAGAGGGUGCCUUAGGCCUCGGUGGUCAGGGAGAGGGAGGGGAGCAUGCGAGGGAUGAAAAUGACCCCCUGGCACCAGACUCACCCACCCUGGGCCCCUUUCCCCCAGCCCCAAAGCCCAACACUGCCCCGAGGCCCCCAGCCACUCCCUCCGCAGCCCGUUCAUACCACACAGACUCUGCCCUGACCCUCCUGUACGUCUGCCUCCCAUCCCCCCACCUCCCCACCCCUGCCUCCUUGGGCCACCCAGCCUGUGUAUGUGUUCACUUUUAUUUAAAUAAACUUGUGUGGUAAAAGUCCA